CAUCUUUCCUUCAUAAUUAUGUCAUAUUGAAAUAUCUUUCAUUAGUGUGUUCUUGACUUUUAAUUUUGCUCGGACCCUGUUAAUCACCGCUUGCGGUUACAUUUUUUUUUAUUACUCACAGCCGUGUAAACAUCAAGGUUGUAAUCCAUGCGUCAGGACCUGAUCGGAUAGACGUGCUUCCAAGGAAGAUAGAUAACCCAGAGUUAGAAAACCGCAGCAUCAAACCAGGGCCGGUCAAGUACAAUCCUUCUGGGUAUUACUACAAAGGCUCCUGGAGGUCAUUCGAUGGAACACCUGUUCGCCAGUUUGACGCCAAAUCGAUCACCCAGUGCCUGACUGGCAAGAUGAUCAAUAUGUACGGAGACUCCACGAUGAGGCAGUGGUUUGAGUACCUCAGAGCGUUUGUACCAGAGUUCAACCUUCGCAGCCCAGCGCAGGCGGGGCCCUUCAUGGCGGUGGACUGUAAACACAACAUCCUGUUGAAGUACCGCUGUCACGGCCCGCCCCUCGGCUUCUCCACCAUCAGCGCCAGCGAGCUCCGCUACGUGGCCAACGAGCUGGACCGCUUGCCUAGAGGCCCCAACACCGUGGUGGCCCUCAGCCUCUGGGCCCACUUCAGCCCCUUCCCCGUGGAGGUCUACAUACGCCGCAUGCGGCACAUCCGCCGGGCGCUUGAACGGCUCCUGGCCUGGGGCCCCGGCACCCUGGUGGUCUUCCGCUCGGCAAAUUUAAGGGCCCCGGACAAGGAGAUUAGCCUGAACCACAGCGACUGGUUCUCGCUGCAGCUCGACAGGGUUCUCAGGAACAUGUUCAUGGGCCUGGCUGUUGUGUUUGUGGACGCCUGGGAGAUGACCUUAGCCCAUAAUAGCGCCCACAAUAUCCACCCGCCCCCGGACAUCAUCAAGAACAUGAUCAGUCUCAUCCUGACUCAGGUGUGUCCUGCAGAGAAGAAGAGCUAGUGGCAAAGAAAGAAGGAAAGUUGGAAGAGGCGUGCCGUCCAAGUGCUUGCAACAUCGUUGGGUUAUCCUGAUUCUCUUGCCAUGAACAAGUUACUUGUUACUCUUACUUUUUACAAAGGGGUAUUUUUUUUUGAUAGGAGGAGCUUUGCAUAAAGAGGCCUUUAUGUAAAGCCCCUUGUACUGGAUUCCAAUAGACUUGAUUGUGGAGCAACUAGGCCUGCCUCUACCAAUCAACUCAUCCCCCUUAUCAGUUCCCAUCAAAGGGAGGCCUUGCCCAACCGUUAAAAACGGCCCCUGAGCUUGCUUUCGAGUCUAGAGGGGACUAUGGUGUUAAAUUCUGAACUAUAAUCCACAAACACCUUCUUCACACAGGAGUUCCUCUUGUCAAGGUGAUUUCUGUUUUCCUGAACUGUUAUUGAUAGUUUAAACUGAUAAUACCCUCUCUGAUGAGAGGGCCUGCCAAGUCAGAAGUUUGUUUUCAUCCACUCGUCCGCGAU